AGUCAGGAAGAGCUUGCACUCCAGCUUAGCGUUCAAUUAGGCACAGACGCUCUCUCUCGGCUCUCGCCUUGGUUUCUUUUGGACGUUUAGGUGCAGCCAAACAAAAAAUAAGCAGCCAUGGAAGCCAUCAAGAAGAAAAUGCAGAUGCUCAAGCUCGACAAGGAAAAUGCCUUGGACAGAGCUGAGGAGUCCGAGGGAAACAAGAAAGCAGCAGAGGAUAAAGACAAACAGCUUGAGGAUGACCUCGUAAGUCUGCAGAAGAAACUGAAGGGAACUGAGGAUGAGUUGGACAAGUACUCAGGGGCUCUUAAAGAUGCCCAGGAGAAACUUGAGCUGGCUGAGAAGAAAGCCACUGAUGCUGAGGGCGAUGUAGCUUCCCUUAACAGACGUAUCCAGCUGGUUGAGGAGGAGUUGGAUCGUGCUCAGGAGCGUCUGUCCACUGCCCUGGUUAAGCUGGAGGAGGCUGAGAAGGCUGCUGAUGAGAGCGAGAGAGGCAUGAAGGUCAUUGAGAACAGGAACAUGAAGGACGAGGAGAAGAUGGAACUACAAGACGUCCAACUGAAAGAAGCCAAGAACAUUGCUGAGGAGGCUGACCGCAAAUACGAGGAGGUUGCUCGUAAGCUGGUGAUCAUUGAGAGUGACCUGGAGCGCACAGAGGAGCGUGCUGAGCUUUCAGAAGGCAAAUGCUCUGAACUUGAGGAAGAGUUGAAAACUGUGACCAACAACCUGAAGUCACUGGAGGCCCAGGCCGAGAAAUACUCACAGAAGGAGGACAAGUUUGAGGAGGAGAUCAAGGUCCUCACUGACAAGCUGAAGGAGGCUGAGACUCGUGCUGAGUUUGCUGAGAGAUCAGUAGCCAAGCUUGAGAAGACCAUUGAUGACUUGGAAGAUGAGUUGUAUGCUCAGAAACUGAGGUUCAAGGCCAUCACCGAGGAGCUGGACCAUGCCCUCAACGACAUGACCUCCAUAUAAAUUGUUUACAUCUAGUCAAAGACGCCUUCUGCCAGCUGAGCGGUACCUGUCUGCUCUCUCCAGCCUUCUCUCCAUUUCCCUUCCCCUCUGUCUUUUCUUUUCUCCCCCUACCCACCAUGUUUUCACUCUCCUGUCAACGUUAGUCACAUCCCAUCUCUUGUACAGAAUCCUAGAAUCUUUCUGUGUUGUGUAAAGAAAAAUAAACAUUCUUCCUUCUAUGUAA